AUGCUGUCAAAUCCAACAACCAACCUUCACACCCGACAACGACAACACCGACGACAAAACUCGACCCCAACGGCCUUCGAGCCAGUGAAGGCAACCAACCUGCGGAAAAUACAAAGACAUGGCGCACAUCGACGUGGCAUGAGUCUUGAUCAACGACGACGACAAUCACCCCCGCAGGAUAUAGAGCAUAUAUUGCGAGAAACGCAGCAGCAGAGACUGGUACGCCCGGGCCAGCAAUUUCAUUUCGACAAUGACGAGAACUACCUCAGUUCACCGGCCGUCACACCACUGAGACAAUCAUUUGAUGCUGGGAGUAUGAAUUAUGAGGAGAGCGGACCGUCUCAGAAUUUAUACGGCAGACCUAUCAACUCGAUAAUGAGUGUCGACCCCAGUAGCUUUGCUGGGGGCAACGACUUCAAUCUAUUUACUUCAGAGACCAUCUUGACGACGGCCCCAUUCUUGAACUUUUCGCCAGAAUUUGAAAAUGGAAACCAAAUACCGGAUGGGAAAGCUUGCAGCAGGAGGUGCUCUAACGGUAGAAGAAUUAGCGGUGGGAUUUUUGACCGAGUUUCUCAGUUUGAGAACCUAGCACUCCAGUCACCAGGACGACCAAUAACACCUCCAAAUCAGAAUGCUUUGAACUAUUUUCCACCUACUCCGACUGAUACUCCGCAUGGACGGAUCGCCAAGCACGACCAGCUAGCUCAGCGGUUCUUUGAUUCAUUUGACACGUCCAUGGAAGAGACAAUCAAACCAAAGAGCACCCAGAGGGGGAGAGAUGUCUUCGAAGAUAUGAGAAGGGAGGCAGAGAUGAACUCCAUCCCAAGUCCUCCAAUGCUUGCUGCAUCUAGCUUUGAUUCUGCCCCAAUGCCAACUUCAAACUUCAUGAACAUGUCAAACAUUGAUAUGAAAUUCAUCAACAACGAGGCACAAUUCGGCGACGCGCAGGUUUCCCCAACUUCGACCAACCCUUCCCCAACCGUGUCAUAUGAUUCAUCUCCGGAGGUGUCCAAGAUGACAUUGAUGGCCGGUUCCCUUGCAAACGAACCCGCCCCAAAUGCCCCGGCGAUGUCAUACCCGGAACCCCCCUUAAAUAGUGGCUACUCUAUUUCACAGUCGCCGGCCCCUUCUUCGCCCCACCGCCGGUCCGAAUCAGUGUGUAGCAUCAAUAUCGAAGAGGCAAUAACAGAUACCGGCAUCACUGUCGACGAUAUCGCUACCUUCAUUGAUGGACCAGAUCCCCAGGAUGGGAAGUGGAUAUGUCUGUACCCAGGUUGCCAGAAACGAUUUGGGCGAAAGGAAAAUAUCAAAUCGCACGUCCAAACGCAUCUAGGUGAUAGGCAAUUCCAAUGCCCACACUGCAAGAAAUGUUUUGUUCGUCAACAUGAUCUUAAACGGCACGCCAAAAUUCACAGCGGGAUAAAGCCUUACCCUUGUCAAUGUGGAAACAGUUUUGCUCGGCACGAUGCCCUCACUCGCCAUAGACAACGCGGAAUGUGUAUCGGUGCCUUUGAUGGAAUCGUCAAGAAAACGAUGAAGCGUGGACGUCCUCGUAAGAACCGACCCGAUGACGAAAAGCGCCACCAAAAGUCUUCCCGAACGCGCGCAAAGAACAAGGCUAUGUCCUCUGCCUCGUCGACAACAGGAUACUCGGAGAGUAACGGAGGGAAUUCGCCUCGGAGUGACCUUGACCUCCUUGACGACAACGCCUUUGGAAAUUACCAGUUGACACAAGGCACAUCUGGGAUGGAGAUGGAGGGUGGUAGCUUUGUGUACUCGCAGCCACAAUCACCUGCGGCGAAGGGAUGCAUUUCCCCACACGCCAUUCAGAACGCGGCCUCCCCAACAGCCUUCAGUACUCGCUCGCAGUAUUCUCAUUCAGCAUCAAUAUCUGAGCACUUACCCUCACCACCUCGGUCUCCAGCUAAAAGCGUGCAAAGUCAAUAUCAUUCACCUCCUGGUCUUUGUGAUUCCUCUUCAUCGCCUGCUCCAAGCAAUCACUAUUAUGAUAUGGAUAAUAUUUCUAAUCAUGGCGACGAGAUGAUAAAUCUAACUACCCUGACAAAUAUUUCAAAUCAUGACGAUGAACUUUUUCUUGAGGCGUUCACUACGGAAGACACGAAUGAUCUCACCCAGUUGGAGCGGGACCCGGAUCUACUUCUUGGCAAGUUUGACGAGGCAUUUGGCAGUGUUAGCAACGACGACUUAUUCAAGGAGGAAGGCGAUGUUUUCUUUGGAAGUUCAUGA